AUGGCUACACUUGACAUGCCUGCAAUCUACUUACUUCCGACUCACAUCGAUUCCGACGAGCUUCCUAAGCUCGAGGGUCAGAUACCGUCUUUGACCUCAGACAUCCGCGAGGCCGACGUUGUCUUGGCAAAAAUAUCCAAGAAAGAAAGAGCCCGUUUCGAGCUCAGACGGCGGGGUAUCGUGACCACUGAAGUAUCUUCGGACGUUGAUCAUGGAUCGCCUCCCCCAGCUAAACGACGCAGGGGUUCCGUUUUCCAAUUGCACUCGGCAGUUGAGGGCUCCAGCACUGCCUCUGGCAGCGAAGAGGACAUGGCUACUGUUAAGCUGACGAAUCACCAAGCCCGGGCGUCGAACUUCGCACACAAUGAGAAAGGCCCGGCAGACCUCGUCAAGGUUGUCCACCUGAGCUGGUUCAUAGAUUCCGUGGCCAAAGGGCACGUACUCCCGGUUCGAGGGUAUUUGAUCUACCAAGGAUGCAGAGAUACAGAAGAACCACACAAGAAGCAAGCUCAAAAACCCGCGGACAUCCUCAAGCGCGCUAGAGACGAAGGUGAGAGUGAUAAUCGAUCGCAUAGGUCCUCCCACGGUUACGUAGGCAGCGACCUGCAUCCCAGAACUGCCGUUCCUCUGAAUCGGCCUGCUCUGCUUAAAGAGACAACCUCGGAACACGAUCGUGAUAUCUAUCUUCCUCCUAUUCCGGAAUAUUUGCAUACAACAUAUUCCUGUCAACGUCCUACGCCGCUCAACCCCCCAAAUAAUGCCUUCAUCGAAGAAUUGAAGAAGAUUCGAACAAUCCGUGCCCUUACAGGUGAUAAGGUUGGUGUUCGUGCUUACUCAACCUGCAUUGCGUCAUUGGCGGCAUAUCCGUAUCUGCUUGGGAGUGCUCAAGAAGUGUCCAGGUUGCCUGGUUGUGGCCCCAAAAUAGCGGUCCUGUUCCAGGAAUGGAAAGAAACUGGCAAGAUCCAAGGGAACGAGGCGGCAACUGCAGACCCUCAGAUACUUGUCCUACAAUUGUUCUACGAGAUUUGGGGAGUCGGGGAAACCACAGCGCGAAGUUUUUAUAACAAAGGCUGGAGAGAUUUGGACGACAUUGUCGAGUUCGGGUGGAGCAGUUUAUUACGAGUUCAACAAAUAGGUGUCAAAUACCACGACGAAUUUCUGCUAAAGAUACCACGCGCGGAAGUGAAGGAUAUCGGAAACACCAUACUCGCACAUGCGCGUCGAAUACGGAAGGGCUAUCAGAUGGUCAUUGUCGGUGGCUAUAGAAGGGGUAAACGAGGGAGUGGCGAUGUCGAUGUUGUUCUGAGUCAUCCGGAUCUCGAAGCCACACGCAACUUCAUUGAGGAGCUGGUUGUAGUUUUAGAGAAGGAUCAGUUUAUCACCCAUACCCUAACGUUGAGCACCAAGAACUCGGAGCGAGGGCAGAUCCCCGUUGCCUGGAAGGGCGAGGAUAGAAGCGCUGGAUCUGGCUUCGACACUUUAGACAAGGCAUUGGUUGUUUGGCAAAAUCCGAAAUGGGACGAAACAAAGGCAAGAAAGAACCCGAACCCGCAUCGACGAGUGGAUAUCAUCAUAGCUCCUUGGAAAACAGCCGGGUGUGCUGUUCUUGGUUGGAGCGGUGGCACAACUUUCCAGCGAGAUAUUCGGCGGUAUUGUAACGCCGUGAGGCAUCUCAAAUUCGACAGCAGUGGCAUUCGAAGCCGAGUUGAUGGACACUGGGUGGAUCUUGAGAGUACCAAUGGUAUACCAGCACCUGAUAUGUUGACGGCAGAGAAGAGGGUGUUUGAGGGCUUGGGGCUGGAGUACAGGCCUCCAGAAGAGAGAUGUACGGGAUGA